CCGUGCAUGCUGCCCGGGCAGAAGUUAGCAGAAACGACGCGGUGGGGGAAAAAACCAAACAGAACCAAACAAACAGAAGGAAGUACAAUUUGGAAACUUAGUCUGUCGUCACCCCGCUGGAGUUUAGUAACCGUGUCCCGGAGAUGGUCGGCCGGUUGAACUUGCCCCAUGUGUGCGAGGCAGAGCCGCUGGAUAUGAGCUGCAGGGCGGAGAGAGGACUCGACAGCCCGGACUCCGGUCUGCCCCCGAGCCCGAGCCCCGGAGCCUGGCUGCUGCCUGUGUGCGCGGAGAAAGCCGGGGGAGUGAGCCCGGUGUCGGAGGACGAGGGACGGGGCUCCCUGGUUCCAGUUGAACCGACUGGAUCUUUCCCACAGCUACACCCGCUGUCUUUUGGAGAAGGCAUAGCCCUCGACCUGUUACCUGCAAAGGAAAUAAGAUACGUCUCCUCUGUGCACUACAACUCGGACCGUCACUUCAUCCAGGACGUGGCCCUGCAGCCGUCGGGCCAGGGCCUUGAACACUGCAUGCAGACUAUCAUGGCGGUUCCCCACAGCACCUGGCGCCACUACAAAACGCAGCUGGAUUUCCAGCCUCGCCACCGGCUGCAGCGCGUCAGGAGCACCACCAUCAUCUACCCCAAGAAAACCAGCGCUGUUUACAUCACGGAGCUGAGCUACGACUGCCACCGGCUGUCCAGACGCUUCCUGUCCAGCGUGGAGCUGGAGGCGGGCGGCCACAGGAUGAUACCUGAGUGAGGUGGAGGGGUGGCUGGGGACACAAAGGUGGUCCUUCCCAUGGGCCCCUGUUCCGUGGUUCCCCUGAGGCUGGCUGACCUGCUGUGUUGUUUUUUUACAGAUGUGGAGCUUGUUAUCUUUUUAAAGUAGCUAUGCCAAGCUGUGGACAGGAAGCAUCUGUGCUGUUGCAGAUAGCAGAAGUGUUGUAUGUAUGAUAUGUAUAUAUCACUGCCAGUGAAAGAAAGUACUCGUUGGCAACAAGAGCUUCAGUUUUUAACUUGUUACAGCUUCCAGUCGCAUGAUCGUUUUUGAUUUAUUGGCUGUAGAAGUAACGUCAGCUGUUUUCAGACGUGAGCUCCGGAGGAUGUCUGCAGGAUUGGGUUUGGACUCUUUCCCGAGUUUGCCUCUCAGCAGGAGAUUCUCCGCUCAGUUCACAACAACGCAGAAAUCUCCAGAGCGUCCGGGUGAGGGGCGGUGCAGCAGACAGAGGCAGGAAGUAACCUAUUCAUUCUGCUGCAGUGUUUUUGUUUGGCAUGUUCGUCUGUGUCCUCUGUUUAUGUGGCACCACUGUUUCAUCCCUAGAUAUUUGUUUUCUGUGUUUUGUUUUUUUUUAUUUUUGUUGCCUGUUAGAAAUGUCACCAACACACCCACUCGCUCGCUGAGCGUCCUGUGGAGGAUCUCCUGCUGUUUUCUCACAGCGGCUCCUUGGGACAUUCUGCUGACUGUUUACUAGGGGGCUGGCUGGAAUAUCUCAAACACUCAGCCCCUCCUGAGAAAGUCUGGAAGUUCUCUGGAGUUCAGUGAAGCAGCUUUAAAUGGGCUGAGUACGGAGGUCGCUGACUUGACCUCAGAAAAUCACUUUUCAUGCAGAGUGAUUGGUUUUAAAUGGGAACAACGAAGCCUGUUUCACUUCGUAGAAUCGGUUUAAAUUAAUCUAAGAGAGAAGAGUAUCUUUUUUAACUUAGGAAGCGACUAUUGUGUACAGCAGAGAGGAGGUGAAUAAAUGUGUUGCUGGAGUUUGGAUGCAUGCUCAGAAAUCACUAACUUAUCCACAAUGUACAGAGGAUGUGGUGAAAUUAACUUUACACACGUGUGUUGUGUUUCCUCACAGGGUAUCGUGUGUUUGUGUGUGUGUGUGUUUCUGCACAACGUAGCACAAGCUGAGCUCUUCCCAAGCCUUUUCUCCGGCCACUGUUUAUGACUGCGAUUUGUAAUGGAGGAUGUAAAUGUUGCUCGAUCAAGGGGAUUAAUCUGUUCAUAUUGUGACGUGCAAUCUAAAAUUGAUUAAGUACGUAGUAUAGAUGGAUCGUGGAUCAUAUUUUUGAUAUCGCUCACCGUCACUAUUGAGAAUAACAAGCUGCAUUCCACUGCUAUCACUUUCUUUUUGGCUCAACUUGGAUUGAAAUUGUAUUUAUUCUGUUCUAGGAUCUGAGAUUUUUUUUCAGCUGAUUAACGGGACUGUGUGUUGACGCUUCUUUUUGAUAUUCGUCACUUACUCAGUGCCAGUUUGAAAUAAAGUGUUCAUGAGGUCAUCAA